CCCUCGCGCUAGACUUGUGCAUGUUUUCCCUUCUACAUUUCAGAGAAGAUGGCGUCGCAGAGAGGAGUCCCUAUAAGUAAGCUAUGUCCAAUGUUCCUCCACACAAACUCCACCAGCCACACCUGGCCCUUCAGCGCCAUCGCUGAACUAAUAGACAAUGCCUAUGAUCCUGAUGUUAAUGCCAAGCAGUUCUGGAUUGAUAAGACCCAGAUCAAAAAGCAAGACUGCCUCAUCUUCAUGGACAAUGGAAAUGGAUUGGACUAUGAAAAGAUGCACAAGAUGCUCAGCUUCGGUUACAGUGAUAAGAGAGUCAUAAAUGGCAAGCACCCGAUUGGUCUCUAUGGUAACGGCUUCAAGUCCGGGUCCAUGCGUCUGGGGAAAGAUGCCAUUGUGUUCUCGAAGUCGCAAGACGGAGACACCAUGCAAGUAGGCAUGCUCUCCCAGAGCUACCUGGCACAGAUUAAAGCAGACGAGAUCAUUGUGCCCAUCAUCUCCUUCCAAUGUGUCCCACACAGCCAGUAUAAGUUCAAUGUGAAUGAGAAGCACAAGGCUAGUCUGCAGGACAUCCUGCACUACUCUAUCUUUAAUACAGAGAACGAGCUGCUCGAAGAGCUCAAAGCCAUCAGCUCCACAGGCUCCUCGGGAACACGUAUUAUCGUCUGGAACCUACGCAGGACGAUAACACGACCGACAGAAUUUGAUUUCACGACAUUCAGCGACGACAUCAAAAUCCCAUUAGAUGUCCCAUUGGAUGGGUUGGAGAGCACCAGUGAGCAAUACAGAGUAAUACAGUCAGAGCUGCUCACAAAACCAGAGAGUUACUACUCGCUACGUGCAUACUGCAGUAUUCUGUACCUGAAGCCCCGGAUGCAGAUCAUAAUUCGAGGUCAGAAAGUGAAGACUGAGCUCAUCUCCAAGAGCCUGGCUUGCAUUGCUAAGGACCAUUACAAGCCCAACUUUGUGAACAGACGCAUCCCUGUGACCUUUGGGUACAACACCAAGUGCAAGGACCAAUACGGCAUCAUGAUGUACCACAAAAACCGCCUUAUCAAAGCCUAUGAGCGAGUGGGCGUUCAACUCAAGGCCAACAACCAAGGUCUCGGGGUUAUAGGGGUCAUCGAGUGUAACUUUCUGGAGCCCACCCACAACAAGCAGGAUUUUGACAAUACUGACAAAUACAGGAAAACCAUCAACAACUUGGGGGUAAAGCUGGAGGACUACUGGAAAGAGAUACGUUUUAAGAGAAACAAAGAAGAUCCUAGCAGCACCACACCAGUGGAAGACACCAUGAAACGUCCAGACCAGAACUGGGUGCAGUGUGACACCUGCCUGCGCUGGAGGAAGCUGCCAGAUGGAAUUGAUUGCAAACGGCUCCCAAAGGAGUGGUUCUGCCACAUGAACCCUGACCCCCAGUUCAGAAGCUGCACGGUAGAGGAAGAACCUGAAGACUCCGAUGAUGACCAACCUUCAUACCAGAAAACCUACAAGCAACAUGAAAGGAACACCAAAAUGAAGCAGGAUAAGAAACGACAACAGAAUGAAGAUGAGCAGAGGAAGGCAGAGCAGAUGCAGAUUAAGGCUCUGGCUCAGAAGAACAAGACUCUGAAGCACCAGAGGAUCUCUUGCCUCGCCAAAGCAUCUCCUUCAACCCCUCCAGCCCCGUCAACCUCUCCGGCCCCGUCAACCCCUCCGGCCCCGUCAACCCCUCCAGCCCCGUCAACCCCUCCGGCCCCGUCAACCCCUUCAAACCCAAGAAUGAAGAGAACCCUGGCCAUGACCCCUGAAAGUGAGACAAAAAAACCCAGGUUGAAUGGUUUCCACAACAACACCCCCAUGGAGACUGUAUCACCGGCUGCUGAAACAACCAUGUCAUCCACGUCAGUCAUCAUCCCUGUUGAUGAUGACGACGAUAACAUCAUGGAUGACGAUGACAUUAUGAUCUUGGAGAUCAACAGCACCCCUAUUCAGAAGAAGGCAACAUUUGACCUUGCCAUGGUAAAAUCAGAGAGCAGGGCCAUGGAGACACCUUCUGGCACUGGCAAUGUUAAAACUAGCUGCACAGGAACAAGCUCUGUGGAGACGGGAACUGCAGCGACCAGCUACUUCCCUCCACCACCUUCUUCAGAGCAGGUGAGCAUCACCACCCAGACAGAGAUCAGGAGCAAAGUGAAGGAUGAAGAUGAGGAGCACAAGGGGAAAAGGGAGAAGGAGGAAAAAGUUAGGGACAGAACCGAACCAGGCCCUUCCACACCAAACCCACCCUCUGCUGGCCCAUCCUCUUCUGGUUCAUCCGCCCCAGACCCAUCAGACCAUCCUAUGAUUGACUUUCGUAACCUGUCAGAGGCCCAGGAGCAGCAGGACCAGCUGCUGGAGCUCAUGCAGGCUGCAGCCCACGAGAGGGACCAGUUCAAGGAGCAAGUCAACAAGUUGACCUCCCAGCUCCAUAACCUGGAGGGCAGUAUGCAGGAGCUCUCCCAGGCCACUGUGAAGAGAGAGCACUGCCACCAGGCCUGUCAGACUGGAGGAGGGGAAGAAGGAGAGCAGUCGGAGAGGAUUAAGGUUGAGAUUAUAGAGGAGGAGAGGGGCAACCUCUGGUCUCUUUGUGAGACACUGCAGCAGGACGUGGUGGAGCUGAGGAGGGAGAAACAACAGUGGGGGAGAGAGAAACAGGAGAGAGAGAAACAGGAGAAAGAGAAACAGGAGAGAGAGAAACAGGAGAAAGAGAAACAGCUGAGAGAGAAACAGGAGAGCGAGGGAGCUCAGACAUCAGCUGACCAGGCAGAGAGACUGAGGGAGCUUCGGAGGAGCGUUGGUCGUCUCCUGGUCACGUUUGUCCCAGCGCUGGACCUCGAACAAGUAAACUAUGACUGUUCAGUCAUUGACGAAAUCCUCGACCAGGUUCUUACUGACGUGGAGUCCAUGGGGCCUGUGUAGGUGCCUGUGGGCGGGACAUGGAUGGACGGGUUGUCAUCCAUCUUACUCUGUAAGGUGAGGCAAACUUGGGGAUAGUCACAGAUAAUUCCUGCCUACCUUUUUACACUUUUAAAAAUGGUUUUAUAGGUAUGUUUUUACAAACAAAAAAAGGAAAUGAACACAUAAUACCCCAUAAUGACAAAGUAACAACAGGUUUGUAGAAAUUUUUGCAAAUCUAUUAAAAAUAAAAAACAGAUACCUUAUUUAUAUAAGU